GCCUGGGGAGCGGCUCCUGCUGUACUCGGCUGCGGCGGGCUCAGCCCCAGACCGCCCUUGGGCCCAGGGGGCCGACUGACCGCAGCGCCUCUUCCUUCCGAUCGGGCAGGAGCCUUAGGGGCGGAGGCCCGAUGCCUGGGGAAAGCUUGCGGUGAAGAGGGGAGGCGGAAGAUUGUUCAAGAACUCGGGUCUAGGAGUCGGAAGGCGUGGUGUCCAAUUCCGUCUACUUGAGCGAGUCAGCGAACUUCCGCUUUAGUUUUCUGAUUACCGGGAAGCAAAUACUAUUCCUUCCGUUGCCACUUCGCAGAGUUGUGCUGGUUGGAUAAGAAUGUAUGUGUGGUCAUUACCUCUAUCCUUUCAUUGAGUAUUUAUCCUUCUCUAACCGGUGGCAGAAGGAGCCGUAGUGGCACGGUGGUUAAGCACUCGGCUGCUGACCGAAAGGUGAGGUCAGGUCGGUGGCUCGGACCCACCAGCCGCUCUGCGGGAGGAAAGACCUGGCAGUCUGUUCCGGUAAAGAUUACAGCCUCGGACACCCUAGGGGGCAGUUCUGCUCUGUCGUAUAGAGUCGCUACGAAUUGAAAUGGACCCAGCAGACAACAGCAACUAACAAAAUCGGUACUAUGUGAAGACGUAUAGAUGCAAUAAUGGUAAUAAUAUUUUAACAGCAGGUACUGUUUAUUGAAUACUUACCAGCCGGGCACUUUUCUAAGUGCCUUCCAUGUAUUAACUCAUGUAUUCAUCACCACAACCCUGUGAAGGAGUUGUCGAUAUCAUCUCUAUUUAACGGUUGAAAAAAGUGGCGCACACAUAGGUUUAGUAACUUGCCGGGGACCAUUUGGCUAAAAAAUGGUGGAAUGGAGAUUCCAACCCAGAGCAUCUAACCUCAGAGCCCCGGCCAUACUUGUCUUCAAAUUUAGUGGUGGAAGACAGAAAUGUAAGUAGAGAAUUAACACACUGAAUGGAAAGUGCUACAGUAGAUAUGCAAAUUCUGUGAGAAUGUAGAGAAAGGAAAUACCUUGGAAAAGUCAAGUUUUUCCACAGGGAAGAGGUGUGGCUCACAUUUAAGCUGAAUAUUAGACUAAACGUUUGAAAAGAAGUUUGUUCACUGUCAGAUAGGGGUUCUAAUGGACUGGGGUGGAUUAAACUGGAAACCAGGUCCCUGCCUUCUAAUACAGCAUUCUUUCCUUUCAUUAGAAGGGGUCCGUUAAGGGGUCCUCAACACCUUCCAACAUACUCUCCCCACCCUAUUUCAUUUGAAGAGGCAGCCCUCAUUAUUUUCCAGAAAUUUCUCCACCUACGAUUGUGGGUGAAUAACUGCUGGGAGUUGCCCUGUUGUUGACUCAGCACAUUCUUAACAAGGACCGCUGACCUCACUGGUUGAUACAUAGUAGGUGCUCAGUACUUUUUAAAUAAAUUAAUUGCAAAAACCAGCUACAAUCAAAGAUGUACUCAAAGGACCUGAGAUUUUUAGAAUUAAUUAAAGAGUCACAGAAUAUUGGUACACAGAAUAAGAGGCCUUACCUAUCUAGUUUUCCACCUUCAUUUUACAGAUAAGAAAACAAAUCCGGUGAGACUGAGUGACUUGUUUCAGGACACUGAACAAGUUAGCGGGAGAGCCGAGACUAGAAUCCAGGCCUCUUGAUUCAAUCUAGUGCUGGUCUUAUUGCCCCACAAUCUUUGACUUUUGAGAUCAGUGGAUUUUCCAGUAGAUUUGGAAGCCUUUAGGCUCCAACUUUAUCUCCUGUGAAACAGUAUUUAUCCCAUUAUGCUUAGUCCUUGGGAGGGUCUGCCCUCUUUCUCUGGGUGUUGCUGUGUCUCUGAAGUCUACCCACUUAGCGACUUUUGUCAUCAGUGAUACUCUUCUAGGAGAAUUAUGUGCUUUCCUUUAGACUUAAAAUACUCAUUUGAUUAGGGAGAAGCUGUUCUUGGGUUGCCCUGAGUCCUGAGUAUGAGGGAAGAAGGCUGAUAAUUUAUGGAUGGCUCUUUUUCCUCCCUCAGUGCCUCAGAUCCCUGCCCUUCAAAAGAAGCGCUCCGAGGAGGCAAGUCAGUGUUGUUUGUGUUCCUAACACAUUGUCACUGGGUAAGUGAAAUCUAGCUAGAGAGGGGAGGUUGGGGUUUUUAUGGGCGUUCUCGUUCACAAGUGGCGGCAGACCUACAGUGGGACCCACCAGUAACUGCUACACCUGGACACUGCAGAUUAAACCACAGACUACCCAGAAAUGGGCAGUAUCUUACUCAAAUUAGAUAGUGACCCAAUGUAGAAGAAGGCUAUGAAUUAAUUGGUUAUAGGACAGGACAGAGAAUGCACUAAUUUCUGGUUACACGUAACUGAACUGCAGCAAGAUGAGCUACCCCCUCUGCAGUCUUUUGGUGGAACACCUUGAAACUAGUCACUGAAUUGCUAAAUGAUACCUUCAUGCUGUAGUGGUCAGAUCUGGGGAACCUGAUGGUAAAUUACUGGAAGACCCAUUGCAAAGGUAAUUGUUUCCUCAGAAAUGUAGAAUGGGCUCCUGGACCUGUUUGGAAUAAGAGCCUAGAUUAUCACAGCUGCCAUUGUUACUGGCUGUCAAAAGGCAAUGUGGAACUUGGAUGCCGUCAAACCCAGUAAGAAUAGUACUGGGCAAAGUGAUCUCAGGUUAUAGGAACUUUGUGAAUAGAUCAUGAUUAUUUAUGUCCUGAAGAAUUUGGUAUAGUCUAAUGUAUACAUGUGUCACAUUUAUGUCUGUAUAUGUGUAUAAGCGUUGAGAGAUGCCUAGAAAAAAGUUUAUUAAAAAGCCAACUGUAUUUUCUCUUGGUGGUAGGAUUUCAAGUGAUUUCCUUUCUGGACUAAUUAUAGAACAUCUUAUGCAAAGAAUCUAUAGCAUGUAUAGAUAUACAAAGACUAGCAUAUAUCCUUUGUAUGAUAAAAAAAAAAAAAACCCACUGCCGUCAAGUCGAUUCUGACUGAUAGCGACACUAUAGGACAGAGUGGAAUUGCCCCGUAGAGCUUCCAAGGAGCACCUGGCAGAUUCGAACUGCUAACCUCUUGGUUAACAGCUGUAGCACUUAACCACUAUGCCACCAGGGUUUCCCCUUUGUAUGAUAGGAAAAAAAACCACUUUAUCUUGGAAGAAAAAAUGAAGGAGGUAAAAGUGUGAUUAGAAUGUUGGUUCUGUGUUUACUGAUUUAAACCACCUGGAGUUUAUCUUUGUAUCUGCUUGUUAUGGAUUGAAUUGUGUGUGCCUCCCCAAAAUCCUACUUCCUAUACCAGUGGAAUAAGGUCAUCUUUGUUAUGCUAAUUUUUGUUAUGCUAAUUAGGCCAUAUCAGUGUAGGAUGUGUCUUAAACCUACUAAUUUAUGAGAUAUAAAAAGAGCAGCUCGGGCACAGAGAACCAAGUACAAGCAGGAGGGGAAGAGACGUGCCAUGUGGAAAUCGCCAAGGAGCCAAAGAGUGCUGGAUCUACAGAAGCUGAAAGAGAUCUUCCCCAGAGCCAACAGAGAGAAAGCCUUCUUCUAGAGCCAGUGCCCUGAAUUUGGACUUUCAGCCUCUGAAACUCUGAGAAAAUAAAUUUCCGUUCUCUAAAACCACCCACUUGUGGUAUUUCUCUUACAGCAGCACUCACAAACCAAGACAAUGGUAUAUCCGUACUGGAAGUUCAUAUAACUGGUAAGGACAGAGAGAGAGGUCCAGGCAAGAUACUCAGUAUGUUUAACAACCAGUGUGGGUACAGGCACUGCCCACUCAGAUCAGCCUCUCACUGUAAACAGCUGGUGCAGAUAUAGCAGUGUGUGCCAGCUGACUCUCAGCCCCCAGUAGAUCCAUAUAUAUCAACAUGAAGUGACCUCUAAGACCCAUUCUUAUGUGAUACAAAAAGCAAAUUGCAGACCAGUACCUAUAGAAGGAUUUUAUUUAGGUAAAAAGAAUCUACCUCUAUUUGUGUGUGGAAAAAUAUAUAGAAAAAAGACUAAAAGAAUAUACUCCAAACUUAAUAAUGAUUAUGUUUGGUGAAGGAAAUCUGUUUGUUUGAAUGGUGGGGUGGUGAUGACUAUAAAAAUAACUUUUAUUCUACAUACUUUUGUGUUGUCCAGGUGUUUUACUGUGAGGAUACAUUCAUGUGUAACUUGUGUAAUGAGAAAACUGAAAUGAAACGGGGCCUCAGAGCAAGAAUGUCUGCAUGUCUCAGCACCAUCCAGUGAGGAGCUUGCCCUGAUGUGUGGCACCUCAGUCUCUGUUCUCUGAUUCUGUGUGCUCUUACCCAGGGCAUUAGGGCUUGAGAGUUUGAUAUCAUUAAGAUUAUUCAAGUACUCUUCUCUGUCUCCAAUUUUGUGCUUCCUGAGGAAUGUCCUGAUGAGAUUGAUUUGAUUCUCAUACCAUUUUUCUAUAGUGGAGAGAAUGUGUUAACCACUAGACAUGGAGCGUAGAAUGUGUUAACCACUAGACAUGGAGCAUAGAAAUUUUUCAUUGUAAUUGUAUACUGACUUUCUGUUUCCUACAUCAUUCAGAUUCUGAAGGAUUUCUAUGGCUACAAAGGUGAGGGCCAAAUUCUGGACUGUAACGCUAUAGUCAAAUCACUGUCCUGUGAGACCUUCUUUCCUAUGCACCACCUCACUCUUGUUUUUCUGUAAACACACAGUGAUAUCUGAUUUUCUUUCAGUACGUGACUUUUGUUUUCAAACCUAGAGAUUUCCCAAUUGGACGUAAGGGGAAAGCUAUAGAUGCUGAGUGUUCUGGAGAGAAAGAGAGGCCCAAAGAGACACCUUAUCCAGGCAGGAAGACCAAGCUUGGUGUCAAGUUAGCUGAGGAAGAAGUGGAGAGUCAGAGAGGUCGGUCAUCUGGAUUUCUCAUUUGGAGCCACUGAAAAUGCACACUGAACAAGGAAGAAGGGAAAUUCUGUAGGAAUGAUUGGGAGAACACCACAUACACACACAAACCCUUCCCAGGAGAACAGUGUUUAUUUAAUGAUAAUCAUUACUGAGGAAACACCUUGCGUGUAUCAUGAAUUUCAGAGAUGCUUUCAUCUAAAUCCGAACUUAUUGGAGAGAAGCCCCAGCGGUGUCCUACAAGCAGCAUGAGUUCCAGCCAGAUUUCACUCCAAGCGAAACCCCAGAGACUUAACAUGCAGAAGAAAACUUCAAAAUGCAGCGAAUGUGGGAAGUGCUUUACUCAGAGAUCAUCUCUUACCCAGCAUCAGAGGAUUCACACAGGAGAGAGGCCCUAUACAUGCAGUGAAUGUGGAACUUGUUUCUGUAAACAGUCAAAUCUCACUCAGCAUCUGAGAAUUCACACAGGAGAGAAACCUUAUAAAUGUAAUGAAUGUGAGAAAGCCUUUCAAACAAAAGCAGUCCUUGUCCAGCAUCUGAGAAUUCAUACUGGAGAGAAACCCUAUAAAUGCAAUGAAUGUGGAAAAGGCUUUUGUCAGAGCCCAUCCCUUACUAAACACCUGCGAAUUCAUACUGGAGAGAAACCCUAUAAAUGCAGUGAAUGUGAUAAAGCCUUCAGUCAGAGCAUAUGCCUUACUCGUCAUCAGAGAUGUCACUCUGGAGAUAAACCUUACAAGUGUAAUGAGUGUGGGAAAGCCUUUAAUCAGAGUGCAUGCCUCACACAGCAUCAGAGAAUCCAUUCGGGAGAGAAGCCGUAUACAUGUACCGAAUGUGGGAAAGCUUUCAGUCAGAGCUCUUCCCUUGUUGAACAUGAGAGAACUCACACCGGAGAGAAACUUUAUAAGUGUAGUGAGUGUGAAAAAACUUUCCGCAAGCAAGCACACCUUAGUGAACAUUACAGAAUUCAUACUGGAGAGAAACCUUAUGAAUGUAUUGAAUGUGGAAAAUCCUUUAGGCACAGUUCAGCACUUGUUAGACAUCAGAAGCUUCAUGCUGGAGAUUAAAACUUGGGAUACAAUGAGUGUGGAAAGGCUUCUAUGAAAAUGCCACUUUUCCCCCUCUAAAUUCCUGAGAGUUUAAGACUCCUAAGGUUAGAUGAAUGUUUUAUAUUUUGAGCAAGAGACAAUAUAUCUUAAAAAGUUAAGAAAUAGGCCUCAGAACUACAUUGUCCAGAAUUUGAUCCGUUUGCCACUUAAUGGUUGUGUGACGUGCAAAUUACUGAGCUUUGGUUUCCCCAUUUUUUUUUUUUUUAAAAGGAAUAAUAGGGAUACUUCCUAGGGUUAUCUUGAGAAUACAAUAAGUUGUAUAUAGUAAUUAGCUGCCGUUAGUUGGUGUUGAGUUACGGAUGUUCCAAAAGUUUAUUUAAAAAAAUCUGGCUAUCGAAAAUGAGCAAAAGUUUAGCAUUAGGUUUUUUGGUUCUCAUAAUGUACUUUUUCUCAAGAACGUUCUUAUAAUUGAGCUAAGAUGUCACGCUUAUCUACGGAAGCCUAAACGAUAAUGUCUAGAUUUAAUAGCAGAAUGCAAUUUAAGACUGGUUUAUCCUUGAGAAAAAUCAGAUUUAAUCACAGAAAAAAGAAAUCAUUGGAGUUUGCGUGGGCAUUGUGAUUAUACUUCUGGAUAUUCGGAAGAGCUUUUUUUAGAUUUUGAUACCUCCCUUUAUUGGGUCUGGAGCUUUGGUGGCACAGUGUUUAAGAACUAUGACUGUUAACCAAAAAGGUUGGCAGUUCAAGUCCACCAGCUGGUCUGUGGAAACCUUAUGGGACAGUUCUACCCUGCCCUGUAGACUUGCCAUGAGCUGAAAUCAACUUGACGGCAAUGGGUUUAGUUUGGGGUUUUAUUGGGUCUAGUUUCACUUCAAACCCUAGGCUUCUCUUUUCCAUGAACAGAGGGCAGAAGGCAGAGAGUAGACAGACAUUCGUUUAGUCAAGGGGUGGGAGAUGGAGAGUACGAGCAUGUUGAGGAAGAUGUGGCUGUACUUGUGAAUUUUAGGAGCACAGCACUAAAUGGGGUCUCUUGAAGGAAAAGGAGGGUAGGAGAUACUGAGUUCUCAAGUGCCGGUAGGUGGCGCCACUGACCAACAACAGUUGUAAGUUGCCAGUUGAUUCCGACUCAUGGCAACCCCAUGUGUGCAGGGUAGACCCGUUCCAUAGCAUUUUCGAGGCUGUGACCUUUCAGAAGCAGAUCACCAGGCCUGUCAUCUGAGGCACCUCUGGGUGGGUUUGAGCCACCAACCUUUUGGCUAGUGGUCAUGUGCUUAACCCUUUGCACCAGUGUUAUGGAUUGAAUUGUGUCCUCUAAAAAUAUGUUGUAAAUCCUAACCUCUGUGCCUGUCGUUAUAAUCCCAUUUGGGAAUGGGUUGUCUUUGUUAUGUUAGUGAGACAGGAUUAGUGUGGAGUUGUCUUGAGUUAACCUCUUUUGAGAUGUAAGAGAUUAAACAAGCCAGCAGAGCAGAGAUGGGGGAAGAGAGAAGCCAAGCCACAUCAAGAUCACCCAGGAGCAGCAGCUCAGAAAACAUAAAGACCUCCUCUAGAGCCGACAGAGACGGAAAGCCUUCGCCUAGAGCCGGUACCCUGAAUUCAGGCUUCUAGUCUCCUAAACUGUGAGAAAAUAAAUUUCUGUUUGUAAAAGCCACCCACUUGUGGUAUUUCUGUUAUAACAGCACUAGGUAACUAAGACAACCACCCAGGGAUUCUUGACCAACAACUAGUUGCCUUUAAAAGCAAGGGAGAACAGUGUCUUGGGGGAUGCUUGUGAAUCAGGGGUUGCUUCACAGCAAAGAAUGGCUUCUUUAACCUAUAAAGAAGCAAAUAAACCAAAGGAUACUUUUUCUGGUGCUUCAUGCAAUGCUGAGCUCUUUAAUGGACAUCUAAAAGCACUCAUGUAAAAAAAAAAAGCAGUUGUGGCGGAGUUGAUUCCUACUCAUGGCGACCCCGUGUUUGUGAGAGUAGAACUGUGCCCCAUAGGGUUUUCGGUGCCUGAUUUUUUCGGAAAUAAAUCACCAGGUAAAAAAGAUAGAUGUUACUAUCCACAUUCCAGAGUCAAGAAAACAGAAGAUAUUUGGGUUGCUCAAAGUCAAGCAGCUGAUGUCAGAGUUGACUUUUUAGUCUUUUUAGUCCAAGCGUAGCCGUGGUUUUUACAGUACCAAACUCACUUACAGGUAGUUUUCCAUUAUUGAACCUUCCUCUUACUGAUGUGUGAGAUGUUAGAAUUGUGGAAACCACUUUUUAAAUCAAAGGUUUAUUUUCUUAGUUUAAAGUAAUGAAUGCCCAAUGAAAUACAUUUAUAAAAUUAAGAGAGGGACUAGAUACCUAGAGAAAUCAGUGUGGGGGUUGCCCAGGACUUCACUGCACUGCACUGAAAGACCCGUCUCCUGGGGAUCAGGAUUUGGAGUUCAGAUUUCUUCUCACACUAUAAUGUCCUGGCUUGGUGGCCUGGGGAGAAAUAAGAAAUACCCUUUCACUCUGACUUUGAAAUAGACAGUGGGUUUUGCAAAUUGGUCCCAACCAAACCAAGACUCCCCUUUAUUCCUAUUGAUUAGGGAAGAAAGACUGAAGGUGUGGGUUUCCUCUCUGUGGCUAUCCAGAAGUAGAACUGGUCUUAUUCCUGGCUCUCUUUCCUAUGACAGUGCCUUCUACAACUCAAAUUUCUGCCUCUUUCCAAAAGAAGUGCCAGGGUAAGCCCGUAAGGCCACUGUGCCAAUGACACCAAUGCAACAGGUGAGCUGUGGGCCCCUCAUGCCUAAGCUUGGAUUUUAGAUACGGCCACGACUGGCCCAUCGUGCUGUCUGUUCUGCAAGCCUGAGUCUCACACCUUUGAAAUCAUCUCUGAGAUUAAAGAUGGAGAAGAAUCCAUCCUAAGGAAAGCAGAUGCCCUGAGUUUGGGACACUUCCUUUGGCUUGCAUCUGUGGCAGGAUGGUCUGGGGACUCCUUGGCAUCCACUCCAGCUCCUUACACCUAGUCCUGCCAACUACGGACGCUGAAGGCAGUUGGUAGCUCUCAGCUUCCCUGCCCUGGAGCUGGCGGCAUUGAUGGCAGGGUAGCAUGCAGUGGUCCGGUAAUCUAGAAUCUGAGCCUUGGAGGAGGGUUCUACUUUGAUCCUGCUCUAAACUUCAUGGAACUCAUCGCAGAUCUUUCCUUCUUAGUCCUGGAGAGAGAAGUGUAGAGCUGCAUUUUAGACAGCCUCGUGUGCAAGAUGGAGUCAGCAUGCUUCCACUUUGCAUUACUAUCCAAAAAGUGACCUUGGGAUUCUGACUGAAAACUGACCCUGGAAAAGUCAUGCUUCCAUUUUGCUCAGAACUGCAAGAAAUCGCCAGAAGCCUGUAGCUAAGCACAUAUUCAGAGGAAAUAACAGUAACGGUUAUAAUUUAUUGAGCAAUUUUUGCAUACAGAACUGUGUUAAGCCUUUUAUAUAGGUAUCUCUUGUGAUCUUCUCAACCACUGGGUGAGGUAGGAAUUAUCCUGACUUUACUGUUGAGGAACCUGAGUCUUAGUUACUGGGGUUCAGUAAUGAAUUUAAGUUCACACAACUGGUAAGUGGUCUUGUUGGGAGUUGAAGCCAAGUUCACAGGAGAAAGGAAGGACAGGCUGCCCUGAACUUCUCUGGGAGAGGAUCUGGUGGGAGCAGCAGUGGUGAUGCUGGAGGAAGGCAAUGUGUGUAGGCAUCUGACCUGUCACCACCACUCGCUCAGAUACAGCAGCUCAGCAGCCCCUAUGGGCUUGAAGAAGCCAGGGUGGCAGGAGCAACCCCAGGACAUACCCUUCAACUUCUGGGUCCCUUGUGUCAGCAAGUCCAGGGAUUGGGGCUGAUGGACAUACGGGGUGAUCUGGCUCCUAUAGAAUGGAACACAGCUGGUGCAUAUAGCAGGGUCCCUAGGAAAUACGGUGAGGUAAGGAAGGCUUCGUCUCACAUACUUUGGACGUAUUACCAGGAGGGACUAGUACGUGGAGAAAGACAUCAUGCUUGGUAAAGUGGAGGCUCCGUGAAGGAGAGGAAGACCCUCAAGGAGAUGGAUUGACACAGUUGCCGCAACAAUGGGCUCAAGCAUAACAAAGAUCAUGGGGAUGGUGCAGGGCCGGGCAAUAUUUUCGUUUUGUGGUACAUAGGGUUGCUAUGAGUUGGAAGUGACUCAACGGCACCUAGCAACAAGGAAGACUGAACAAGAAGGGGUUCUUGGAGAGAUGCUUAAUUUGGAGAUAGAACUGGGGAAGGAGGCCAGGGACCAGGGAAGGGGAUAUGGGGGGAUCAGUCUGUCUGACUUCAACAAUAUCCCAGGUAGGAUUCUACGAAUGGGGCUUGUAUAGCAGGGAAGGGUCAGCUCUCCAUGCUGCAACUGGUCUUCCCUUAGUCAGGAGUCCCAAGAUGGGGCCUGAGGGUGUGGGGGGCAGUCAGGUGUGGGUGCUACACCUUGUCCCAAAGACUCUUCCCUUGAGGAAGCAGGUAGAUCAGGUCAUCCUGGGGUUCCAGGGAUUGAAGGAGGGGCAUGUUAGCACCUAUGAACCUCUUCAGAAUCCUAAGGACAGGGCCAAUUCUCGGUUCUUCUGGGGCUCCCCCAACUCUCUGCUGAUGGUUCAACACCUGGUAUUAGGUAAAGGUACCAGAAUGGUAAGACAUGUGGAGGAAGGAAAAUAAGAGAAACAACAAAUGAAUUAGCUUCAAAACUCAAAUUGUGUGUGUGUGUGUGCAGGAAGAGGUGGUGUGCAACCCUGUGCAGGGGUCAAGGUGACAACUUGACCUAGAAGGGUGAGUUGUGCUCUUGUCUCCUGUCCCCAGGAAUAUUAUGGGGUAGUUGAGCAGUUUAUUUGAGUACAUAUGCUCUUUUUAAGGUUUGGGGGUGCGAGGACUGUGAGGCUACAAACUGCACUAUAAAAGGGGUAAGGUGGGCAAACCCGACCUUAAUUGCUAACUGCAUGACAAGGAUCAGCAUGAAUCCAGUUCCCAACUGGAAGUGGAUCCAUGCCUCACCUUCCCACAUGUCCACUGCUCACUGCCAGUCACUUCCCUGACAAUUCCUCUCUGACCCUGACCACCCAGAAUUAGAUCAGACCUCAACCUCGGCUACCCUGAGGCCUGGUCACCAGGGAGCAACCGUAGGCCCAGGAGUCUGUACAGCUCCCUGCACUUCAGGUCAGCUGGCCCCUGUCUUGUCCCCUGGGACUAGGUCACAAGGUAGGAGGACUUUAUUCUUCUUCAUCAACUGCCCAUGCAGCCUUUUCCUAACACUAGCCACCCAGAGCUAGGUCUAUACAAAUCGACUCUGUACUCCCAGCCCCUGCUGGCUUGCUGACCCCGUGGGUUCACUGACUCUAAAGGCUCACAAAAUUCACAGAGAUUGUUAUCUAUA